UGGCGGAUUUAAACAACCUAAACAUUAAACAAUACAGCUGCCUCAAAUCUUUGGGAAUUUCAGAAUGACUGACACUGCCAAAGCUGUUCCAAAUUUUGAAGAGAUGUUUGCUAGUAGAUUCACAGAAGAUGACAAGGAGUAUCAGGAAUACUUGAAACGCCCUCCUGAGUCCUCUCCAAUUGUUGAGGAAUGGAAUAGCAGAGCUGGUGGGAACCAAAGAAAUAGAGGCAAUCGGUUGCAAGAUAGCAGACAGUUCAGAGGCAGGGACGGCAGAUGGGGGUGGCCAAGUGACAAUCGAUCCAAUUAGUGGCGUGGACAACACAGACAAGAACCUUACUAUCCCGACCAAUAUGGACAUUACGGUUACAACCAGCCACCCCCUUACGAUAGAAAUGUUGGCAGCUUUUAG